GUUGCGGUGCUUUAUCAGCAGUAGUGGCACAGCACUUCUCAGAUUUAGCGCUCUGGCGAGACUUUUAACGUCUGUGUCCUAAAACAUUCUGUCAACAACCCCUUUUACACGUUUGAAACUCUAGUGACUUUGACGUUGCUGCGGUGGAUUUGCUGUGGGUCCCGUGGGAAUACGAGACUGGCUGAUUAUUGAAAAAAAGGAACAGAACAGACCGACUUGGCUGCUUCGCUAACAAUAACAAACGUCUCGCUCGCAGAAGGCACUAGUGGAUGACAGCCAGCCUGGUCUUUGUGAGAUAGAUCAGCCAGGACUUCUGUUCCUAUUGGCAUUUCUUUACCCGUUUUACUGGACGUUGUGUCUGUGUGUGUGUGUGUUGCCAGGUUGCUCUAAAGAAGUCGCCCUUUGUGUGCGUCAGGUGUUUGUGUGUGUGUGUGAUCCAGGUCCCAUCCCUAUAGCAAUGUUUUGUCUCCAUGGUAAAAUCUCCUGAACGUUCCUUUAGACCUUGACUCAUUGCAGACUGACCUAAGCACCACCCACCCACCCACCCGGUUUGGCCAAAGCCCUCCCUCAGCACCUCUAGUGUGUCUGUGUGUGUGUCUGUUGUCCAUCAUGUCGCGAGCGGACAUGGCUGUGAACAGCGAAGGUGGCGAUUGGCGACUGAGUGACGACGCUGGUGAGAGGGCGCGGCUUCUCCAGAGUCCCAGCGUGGACAGAGAGGCGCUGCCCAUCCAACCAGAGACCUGCAGGGGCGGGACUUCUGCGGUGGCGGCCGUCUUCAUCGUGGUCAAUGCUGCUCUGGGGGCGGGGCUACUCAACUUCCCUGCCUCUUUCAACAUGGCUGGAGGUAUCAGCGCCGGACUGAUCACGCAGAUGAUCAUGAUGGUGUUCAUUAUCACUGGACUUGUCAUCCUGGCAUAUUGUUCACAGGUCAGUAAUGAGGGCACAUAUCAGGAGGUGGUGCGGGCCGUGUGUGGCCGCUUCAUGGGGGUGGUGUGUGAGGUGGCCAUCGCCGUCUACACCUUCGGCACCUGCAUCGCCUUCCUCAUCAUCAUCGGGGACCAGCUGGACAAGUUGAUCGGUGCGAUUGCGAAGGAGUCUGAAGCAGUGGUGAACGCUCACUGGUACACUGACAGGAAGUUUACCAUCGCCAUGACAGCAGUACUGGUCAUCCUGCCGCUGUCCAUCCCCAAAGAGAUUGGCUUCCAGAAGUAUGCCAGCGCACUGAGUGUGAUUGGCACUUGGUACGUCACCAUCGUGGUCAUCGUUAAGUACAUCUGGCCUGAUCCUGAGGUGACCCCAGGGUACAUCCCUACCCGACCGUCAGACUGGACUGCUGUGUUUAAUGCCAUGCCUACCAUCUGUUUUGGCUUCCAGUGUCACAUCAGUAGCGUUCCUGUCUUUAACAGCAUGAGGAGGCGGGACAUAAAGCCCUGGGGGGGCGUGGUCACAGUUGGCAUGAUCAUCUGCCUCUUUGUCUAUACCGGCACAGGUGUGUGUGGCUUCCUGUCAUUCGGCUCCAACGUCAAUCAGGACGUGCUGAUGUCAUACCCUUCUAAUGAUGUUGCCGUGGCAAUUGCCCGAGCGUUCAUCGUCAUCUGUGUGGUCACUUCCUACCCCAUUCUGCACUUUUGUGGCAGGGCGGUGCUGGAGGGGCUGUGGCUGCGUUUCCAUGGCGAGCAGGUGGAGGUGGAUGUAGCGCGUGAGCGACGUCGGCGUCUACUGCAGACGUUAGUCUGGUUCUUCCUCACACUUGUCCUCGCCCUCUUCAUCCCCGACAUCGGCCGUGUGAUCUCCCUCAUCGGCGGACUCGCCGCCUGCUUCAUCUUUGUCUUCCCGGGUCUAUGUUUGAUUCAGGCUAAGCUGUCUGAAACUGAUGCUAGAUCAGCCAGUUGGAAUGCUCUGGUGGUUUACGGGAUCGUCAUGGUUACCCUCGGAGCCUUCAUCUUUGGACAAACCACUACUAAUUCCAUCUACCAUGACAUCAUCGACCAUUCUGACGGCUCAUAGGCCAAAAGCACUGACCUCAUCAACAUGCUGCUGAUUGGUUGAGGAAGCAGGAACUUCAGAGUAGGACAGUUCACAAAGAGAAGAGGAGAAGAGAGGCAUCAGCAGACUGCUGACACACACACACACAAACACAAUCUGCAUGCAGCAUGCCACCCUUUGUCAAAUGUCUCAUUAAUGAAACACACACGCACUAGAGAAGGAGACUGACAACAGAGAAUUGUGGCAUCAGUUACUUUUUAAACACUAUUUAUCUGAUUUUAAUGUUUACUAAAGUGAAGACUAGUAAGUAUUAAUCCUUUAAUAAUCCUUUAAGUAUUAAUCCUUGUCUGGAUGUCCAAACAUUACAAUGGAGGAGGAGGAGUUGCCUUGGGUGUUUUUACAUGACUUUUUGACCUCAGGUCCAGCAUGUGUUGACCCUGAGCCCUACCACAGUCAUCACACAUACUGCUCUUUCACCUGUGACCUCUGCACCUAUUCAUGUGUGAGUGUGUGUGAGUGUGUUUUUGUUUUUGUAUAAAUGCAUUAUUUGUAGGGGUUUUCUCCUCCAGGGCCAACAGGAGAAUUGGGGUGUGUAAUGUACAGCCAAAGUGUGUUUUUACUGAGCAGUAGACUUGACUGAAUCAUGUUUGUCUAGCGUGGUUGAAAGCCAUGGUUUCCCUGGGGAAGGGACCAUUAUUCAUUUUAAUCAAAGGGAUUUUGUCUUCAGGGGCUAUAUUUGGUUACCAUGAUAACCGAUAAUUAUGUAAUAAUGAGAUGAAUAGUGAUUGGUUAGUUUAGCAUUCCGAUACUAGUCAGUGGAGGGAAAGUUCUGCUUCCAAACGGGUUGAAUGACCUCAUUCUUACAAAUUAUUUGACUGUUGGAUGUAAAAGCAAUCAGUGGAACUCUCUGGAACGAGUGUCUCAAAUCUCGACCUAGGCCAUCAUGGCCGUGCUGAACAUUUAUUUUUUAUUUUUGUUUUGAUGAAUGUUAGUCUGCACUUUGCCUUAUUUUAACUUGAAACGGUGGUAAUGACACACCUGUUGUUUCCCCUCCUUUUUGUGGAAGGAGACUCGGAAUCAUUGACACUGCAACCCAACCUGUACAUCAGUGUUGAUACUCAGAACUCUAGUGUAUUAUUGAAUGUGGAUGUGAACAAGUAUUGGGCCUUGUAUUGGUCUAAAUGGCUUUACAGUUUCUAUGGGAAAAAUCUAAUGACACUUGAAAGAAUAAAAAAACCUGAUACCCAA